ACAGAGCCGGUUGGAGAGGAGAGCAUCUCCGACGCAGAGAAGGUGGCUAUGGAGCUCAAGGACCCCAACCGCCCCCGGUUCACCCUGCAGGAGCUGCGGGACGUGCUGCACGAGAGGAACGAGCUCAAGUCCAAGGUGUUCUUACUGCAGGAGGAGCUGGCUUACUACAAGAGUGAAGAAAUGGAAGAGGAAAAUCGAAUACCCCAACCCCCACCCAUUGCCCACCCGAGGACGUCCCCCCAGCCGGAGUCGGGCAUCAAGCGACUGUAAGUGAUGCGCUGCCGGCUUCUGCGCUCGGCUGACCU